CUCACAGUGUACCCUCAUGUGAAAUUUAUCACAAUUGCAUUAAAUGUAGUGCGUCUUUCAGCCCCAAAUUGAUUUCAACCGCACACAGUUAGCUGCAAAUAGCUUUUUAACGAGUUAAAGCCCAACCGAGUAUGAAAUUGAACUUGAGAAGCCCUAUAAAUAUCACAUCACCGAGCUACGUCCGCCAUACCGUCGCAGAACACAACAAGAUACAAGUCCUAAUCAUUGUACACCAACUUGACCACACAAGCCACCUCGAAAGAAGAAGAGAAAUAGUCCUCAGUUCCUGUCCAACAUGUUGCCGCUAAAAAAACUCAUAUGCAGUAAGUCCGUCUGGAUCCUUUUUAUUUGUUUGACUUCCACCACUUUUGGAUUCUUGGAGAAUUUAAGCAGGAAUGAUAUCAGCCGCAGGAAUGUCCGAGGAAGCCGUUCGUCGGUGGAGAGCGUCGUCGAGGAAAUGCCCUUUAGGAAAGACACCAGGAGGCAGGUCAACGAGAAAGACAGACUUUAUGAGAACUUGUAUGACAGGCGAAGUUUUAGAACUGGAACCGACAGAUUCAGAAACCGAAACAUCGACAUCCGACUUGAUCGCCGGAACCAAAACUGGAACGACGAAAGAAGAGCUCUGAACGACCGAGUCUUCCUCACACCAGUUCCUGACAUAACUAUUCCCAUCAGGGGCGUCCCCAAUGAACGAAGAAGCCGGGAUGUAAGACUAAACAGAGAACAACGCGUCAGAAGCCCGGAUAACCGAUCAGAAAGACUAUUCCGUGAUGAUCGCCGAUCAAGAGAUACAAGAGAAAAUGAAGUACAACGAGAAAGACGCGAAGAAACCUUUACCGAUAACAGAAUGAGGAAUAUAAGAGAAACUCAACCAAGGUCCCUUAACAUUCGUGCAGAGAGAAUGGUUCGAGAGACUUUAUCCAGAGAAAACAGGCAACAAGACCAACAUAUAAGACAAUUAAGAACCAGGAAUAAUAGACAAAGAGAACUCCGCACAAAUGAUGACAGUCGUCUACAAAACAGGGACCAGCGCGUUGAAAGGAAUAUAAGGACCAACCAAGAACGUAUAAACGAACGAAGACAACUUCAAGAACGUCGAGAGGAAUCCCAAGACGAACGAAGACAACUUCAAGAACGUCGAGAGGAGCCCCAAGUUAGGAAUCACAGAGAACAAAGUCGUGAACGAAUGCUAAAAUCACGUAACGAAUAUCUCAGUCCAUCACGUUAUGAACAAAACUUACGAAACAGUGAGAGGAGGAUUGAUAAUAGGGAAAGGAAUGUAGAAAUUCGUGAACGUAGGCAGGAAAACCAAGAAAGAAUUCGAGAAGAGACUUUCAGGUACAAUCGAGACAACACUUUGGAAAAAAAUAGGCAAAUACGUUCAUUAAACGGUCGUCAAGAAAGACGAACAGCUUUUGAAGCGACAAUGGAUGCACGAGAAUCACGAAAUCUCUCAACAAGACGUUUCCGUGACACCCAAGAAAGAAAUAUAGAACGCAGGAUGGCCAAUAGUUAUAGAGACUCCAACGAACGUAGCUUGGAAAGAAGAGAUGUUCGCUCAGUAAGAUCUAGCAGAAUUCGCAACAAUAGAAGCAACGGUUUAGAUGCCAACAUGAAUGAAAUCAGGCAAAAUCGUGAAAGAAACAUUAACAUUCGUUCUGAGGACAGAUCAGACCUCUAUAGGGAACGCGAAGAAAGGAAUCAACGCGAAAGACAAUUCUCCAGAGAACACAGGUAUAUGGACCGUAGCACAUAUGCUAGAAGAGUUGGUGAAAGUCGCUAUCGGUAUGAUAAUGCUUACUCCAGAAGCUUUAAUAUGCCAUCACGGUCAGUAAGAGACCUCCCAAUAAGAGCUAGCUUGGCCAGAAGUGACUCCGCUAGGCAAGCAACAGAAGCUCGACUUAAUUCAGGCAUCGCUGAACGAGAAACAGUCAGAGACCUCCCACAAAGAGCUAGCUUGACCAGAAGUGACUCCACUAGGCAAGCAAGAGAAGCUCGACUUAAUUCUGGCGAUUCUCGACAGGAAACUUCAACUUGCACAUCAGUCCAAAGGGAUAUUAAUAGACAGAUAUCGAUACAAAGGAAUACCAGAGAGAACGAUGCUCGACCGAAAGAACAACCACGUGAUGCUGUGUCGCGAUCUCCCAAUUCCAUUGAAAGACGGUCUGUACCAGUUGUAGAAUUCGUACCAAACAGUAGGAGAUAUGGAGAAGAACUUAAAGAUAUUCCAUAUCACAAACACAACAUGAAGUUGGAUGCUUUGGCUAACGUGAUUCAAGUUAUUCUUGGUGUUUACUUGAUUGGGCAAAUCUUGGCGCACUCUUCAAAGAAGAAGUCUUAUGGGUUGUAUAAGAUGCUUCCCACUUUGAGCGCCAUCAAAGAAAAACUAGAAUAGAUCCUUAUUUUCAUUUAUCUUUUUCUUUAGAAUGCCAACGUCUUGAACUGAUGACAACCGCCAUGCUCUAAGGUACCUAUCUGUAGCUUAAACUUAGUAGUAGUUAACUUUAACGAGAAUAAACAAAUGAACAACUUCAUCAACUCAAAGUCUAUCAAAAUUUCGGAAUAGAAUAUUUAUUUAUUAGUUUAAAUUAUGUAAUGAAAAGCUAUAUAUGUACAAUGUUAUAGAAGUAGAUUAAUAAAUGUUCACUCAAAACAUU